UUAUAUCGAACAGAGCAGCAGUGACGACGAGACGAAUUUUAACGUCCGUGUCCGUGUGUGUGUGCUUGGUGCUUUUUGUUAGUAUCUCUCGCGGCGCACAAAGCAUAAAAAAGCAGUCAAACAAAUAAAUAGUUAUAAAACAAAAUUGAAAUAAAUGCAACAACUAUAUGAACAGUUAAAGAGGCUAAAAGAAAUAUACACACACACACACACACACGUAAGCCCAGUUCGGUGUGCGCUUAGUAGUUGUUGCUGUUAUUGUUAUUGCUGGCUCAGUGGUGUUUGUUCCACAUUUUAUCGAUCACUCACAUACACACACACACACACAGCGAGAAGCAGAAGCUUACUGUUGCUGUUAUAUUUGCUGCUGAUGCAAAAUAAAUUUAUAAUCAAAUUUCAUUACUUUAUACAAAUUAUACAAUUGCAUUGCCAACAAGCGAGUACGUACAGCACCCCCAAAUAGCAGAGGCAGCGGCAGCGGCAACAGCAGCGCCAACAGCAGAGCAAAAACUCAGCAUGUAUUAGCCGCAAAGUAAAGCAAAGUCAAAAAUAAAAUAUAAAGAAAAGCAAUUGUGGAAAGUCAAAGGCAAAUACAAAGUUCAACAGCAGCAGCAGCAGCAGCAACAACACCACACACAUACAUCCAUACUUAUUGUUUUGUUUUGGUCAGUCAGCUGUGGCAAGUGUAUGCAAGUAAUAAAUGCGCAACAACAAAACGUGACAAAUAGUUAAACAUUUUACAAAUUCUUAUAACCGCACGAAAAAGCUAAAUAAAAAUUAUAAUAAACAUGCUUGGAUUGCAGUGCAAUAUAACGCUCGCGCAUUUGCACUCUCUUUUUCUCGCACGCUAGUUGUCGAUAAUGCAUAAGAACUUUAAGCAGCAACAAAAUAUUUAACAACAACAAGCAACACACGCACAUACAAAGCGCAUAACGUAUUAUACAUACAUACGUAUGUAUAUUCUAUAUAACGGCGGCUGUCAGUACCAGAGAGUGCGCGCGUAACAAAAUAUAAAAACUUUAAGAGUGUGACAAAGCUACAAUAAGAACUUUGCUUAGUGGGAGUGUGUUAAGAGAGAGAGAGAAAGAGUAUUAAAUUUGCUGAGCGCGCGCAAAGGCAAAGAUAAAAAACACAGUAGCAACAAGAACAGCAGUGGCAGCGGCAGGCGCGGCAGCAGCGCAGUCAACGUCAACAGCGGUCGUGCUAAGGCUCGCCAUAACUGAAAAUAACGUAGAGCGCGACACUUGGGCCACGCGAAUCGCAGACUAAACGACGACGUGCGUCUGUCUGUCUGACUCUCUAUAUAACUCACAUUAUCCAAAAGAAGCGUGGUUGACGGUGUGAGUGCGUGUGCGUGUGCCUGCAUGUGUGUAUGCGUGUGCAGUGCGCGGGAUGUGCAAGUGAAAUAAAACGAAAUUAAAAGUAUAAAGUGCACUAGCAAAGCAAGCAAAUUAACGGCAAAUCUCUGCAUACUACAGUCAACACACAAUAAUGGUGGACACUAAUAGUAAUGGAACGACAGCAGCAGCAGCUGCUGGCAAUUCGGCGGCACGCCUGCGCAAAUUUGAGCGCACCGACAGCGAAUUGGCCUGUGAGGAGGCAGCGCGUCUUACGGCCGAACAAAAUGAAGAUGACAACGAAGAUGAGCAGGACGAUGAGGAGGGCGAGGAUGAUGAUGAUGAGGUUAGCGUAUAUGGCGAAUUACCGCCACCGCCGGACGGUGGCUACGGCUGGGUCAUCUGCUUCGCUAGCUUCAUGUGCAACAUGAUUGUGGACGGCAUCGCCUACACCUUUGGCAUAUUUCUCGAGGCAUUUGUGGACUACUUUCACGAAGGCAAAGGCACUGUCGCUUGGGUGGGCAGUCUUCUGUCCGGCGUCUAUCUCAGCGCCGGACCCAUUGUCUCCGCCCUGGCCAAUAGAUAUGGCUGUCGCGCUGUCUGCAUUGCUGGCAGCAUUAUCGCCUGCAUUGCCUUUGUGCUGAGCACAUUCAGCGGCACGGUUAGCAUGCUUAUGGCCACAUAUGGCUUCAUGGGCGGCUUUGGCUUUGGCAUGAUCUAUUUGCCGGCCGUGGUAGCUGUGGGCUAUUACUUUGAGACCAAACGUUCGCUGGCCACGGGCAUCGCCGUCUGCGGUUCCGGAUUUGGCACGUUUGCCUUCGCGCCGCUGGCCACGUAUCUGCUGGAGGAGUAUGGCUGGAAAAAUGCACUGCUAAUCUUCGCAGGUCUUAUACUCAACUGCGCUAUAUUUGGCGCUAUGAUGCGUCCAUUGACGUACCCCAAGAAGAAGAAGGUCAAGCCGCUGAUGCAGCGCAUGUAUGAGGAGAAACAGAUGCAGCUGGAGCGCGGCUCGUUUGCGGGCUCCCAUUUUAUGGUACAGCUGCCCGAUGGCACUAUGGAGCGCAAGCUCAAAAUGCCGCUCAAUGCAGAUCCAGGCGUGCACUCGAGUCUCAACCUGGAGCUGCUGGCUCAACAGUCCGGUGGUCUACAUCCAGUCUCCACGCUCCCCACCAUUACCGAGUCCAAGGUGGUCGAGCUCAAUGCUCAAACGAAAGCACAGCCGCCCAAUGGUAAUAACGAUAGCAAUGGUCAGCUGUCCACACGCUCAGGACGCCGCUCGCAGCGCAACUCGGAGACGGAGCAUAGUCCUUAUCAGUCGCAGGAUGCCAUGAUACGAAAUGCUUCGCAGCCCGCCUUCCUGGCCGCCGAUCAUCAGAGUCUUCCCAAAAACGGUUCCGUGCCGUCCUUCAGUCGCGUGCGAAAGACCAGCGCCAGUGAGCGGUAUCAACCUUCAUUGGCAGCUAUACGGGCAUCUUCGCGAGGUGACCUCGAAGCAGGCGGUGCCGGUACUGGCUCCAAGCUGUCGCUGUCACAGCGUCAAGGAAGCUCCAGCGGCAGCGGUGGACGUAUGGUGCGUCCCAUGUCACGCAAGGAUAUAUUCUACUCCGGUUCGGUUACCAAUUUGCCGCAGUAUCAGUCCCAGAAAUCGCUAACAAACUAUCGCAACUCGGUGUUGUCGCUCACCAAGUAUGAGAAGAGCAUGCAAAGCAUGCGUCUGGAUCCGCUGGCUGAGGCGGAGAAGCAUCGUGAGGAAUAUGAUUUAUGUCCGUGCCUGUGCAUACCCGACUCCGUCAAGUCUGUGGUCAACACCAUGCUGGAUGUAAGCCUGCUCAGGGAUCCCGUCUUUAUGCUCAUGGGCGUGUCCAACAUCUUCGGCAUGGCUGGACUCUAUGUACCCUUCGUCUAUCUGGUGGAUGCGGCCAAGGAGCAUGGCAUUGCCAAGAAUGAUGCGGCCAUGCUGCUGUCGGUCAUUGGCAUCACCAACACCGUGGGUCGUGUGGUCUGCGGGUGGGUGGCUGAUUUGCCACAAGUCAAUUCACUGCUGCUCAACAACAUCUGCUUGCUGAUCUCGACGGUGGCGGUAACAUUGACGCCACUGUGCUAUAGCUAUAGCGCCUAUAUAGCAAUGUCGAUUGCCUUUGGUAUUGCCAUCUCCGGUUACAUUUCGCUAACGUCAAUUAUACUCGUCGACCUGCUUGGCCUGGACAAGCUAACCAAUGCAUUUGGUCUGCUCAUCCUGUUCAGAGGCUUUGCCGCAUUGCUGGGCACACCGCUGGCGGGCGCCAUCUAUGAUAUAACGCAUACAUUUGAUUUGCCCUUCUAUAUGGCAGGUGGCAUGUUUGCAGUGGCCACUGUAACCAGCUUUAUGGCGCCCUACAUGAAGCGCUUCGGCAGCAACAAUGAUACUCCUGUGCACGCCGAGACGCUAACGCCCAUCGACGAGGAGCAGGGCGAGGAUGCCGAAGAGGAGGAGGAGGAGGAUCAACCCAUCACCAUUGUGCCGAAGAUUAUUAAAACGCUGCCCAGUCCACAAAAUGAGCAGGCAAUGCAUCAGUUUCCAGCCGCAAACGAAAAAUCACAAACCUCGGAAUCAAAGCUCUAAUCAACAAGAAUUUACACAAACAACAAAUUGAAUAAAAAACAAAAAGAAACUUAAGUAGAGACAGAGAGCAGAGAGUCAUGUCAGGGGCCUGAGGAGUUGGAGCUGAAGCUGAUCACAGCUAAUUUAGGGUAUAAAGAGCGCAUUAUUUUUCUAGCAACUUAUACAAAGCAAAAACAAAAACCAAAAUUAUGUACGAAAAUUGUAAGAGCUAAGAGCGAGGCGAGGGGGCAGGGCCCAAGCUUUUCCAGGCGGCAGCAACAGCAGCAGUUGAAGAGCACUAAACCACAAAAAUGAAAACUAUAUACAAAGCGCAUACAUAUAUUAUUAUAUAAAAUAAUACCAAUGCCGAAACUAUGCCUAAGCUAUAACUAAAUAUACACAAAAAGAAAUAAAUUUACAUAUAUAUAUAUUAAAGAUUUUGCGUCGAAAGAAAACUAAGUAAGCUUGGCUUAGCUUUGAUAAGAUUAAAAAACACAAAUAAUAUUAUGUAAAGAUAAAUUACACGCUCAUAAAAUAACAAUUACUGAUUGAUUAUAGUUUCCAAUUGUUACAACAGCAACAAACAACUUAAAGAUUGUAAAAUAAUUUCAUUUUAUGAUUUGGCUUGUUUGUCAAAAAAACAG